GAAGCGAGAUGUUGUGUAGGUGUCGUUGAGCAUGAUGUCUUCGUGGUGCAGUGCGGCGAAGGCACUUUUGACGAUCUGGAUUCUUUGUGCAUCGGCUGCUCCCACUGGUCUCAAUGUGAACCACGCUUUGUAUACGACAAGGCAAGCAUUGCCCAGUGAUGCAGAUACCGCAGAUACUCCAGAGACUCCGCGGCAGCUUGGCUCUGCCACGUUGAGCCCCAUUUUGAUCACUCUGCACGUGAUUGAGGUGUUGAAGGCUGACUUUGGCUUUGUGACAAAGGAAUUUCUGUGCAUUGCCAUGGGCGGCCAUGGCGCCAAUAUGUUUGCCAGCGACACUGCAAGUGUUGAAGCCGGAUUGAAUGACGUCCAAUUUGGAGACCCGAGCAAGAACAUCAUAGCUCCACCAACCAAUGCAACCUCAAUAGCUGUUGAUCUGCUUGUGAGCGAGACAGCAGCAUAUCAUGCCCUGCUGACCAACAGUCUUGGCACAAGCAUUUCAAUGUCAACAUUGGAAGCCAUGGAUGCUUCAUACACUCGACUAGUUGAUGCAUAUGAUCAGGCACUUCGGCAGUAUGAGGCUUAUGGCGCUAUGCAAGGAGUGACGGAAUCCAAGCUAGAGAACUAUGCGUACCGGCUUCAAUCCUACACCGAAAGGAUUGUCGUAAAGGCUUUCUUUUACGCCCUCAAUGUCGGGCAGUCGUACUACUACACCGAGAUGAUUCUAUUUCAGAAACGGUUUACGUCUCUGAUUGAGAGUAUCACCUGGGGAGAUGUGGUUGCAGGCAUUCAUGACCUCACCAAUGUUUGCGCGUUGCAAGCGAUGCUGAAGGUUUCAGAAGCUUGGUUUCAGCUAGAGGCUGAACUACAGGAGGUGACGACCACAGGCGGCAGCGUGCUCUCGAAAAAAUUGAUGACCUCUUCAAACAAGCUCCGGGAUUAUGUCAAGGCUAUGAACGCGCAAAUUGAGCAGCCUGCAUGCCAACCUGCCAGUGGCAUGGACGAUGCGAGUUGGAAGAAUGGCCUGACAGAGUGUAACCUCUUUGAGCGGUUGGUAGCCAAAGCUUCGCGUGUUUAUCUUGAGGUGCUUACAAAGACUGACAGCUCUCUUGAACAGCUGAUGCUCACACAAGCCAUCACCGACGCUGCAGCCGCAAUUGGCAAUUCGUACAAAGGUUCCCAUCUACAAAAAGUGCCCGUGGCCCCUUCUCAAGAGAUUGUCGACCAGCUCAAGAUCGCCUAUGACGCCUGGAUGCUUUUUCAAUCUGAUUUGAUCAGGAGCGUGCGUGCACACAGUGAAGCAGCGAUGUCCCAGAACUUGGCUUCCAUCCAGAAGAUCACCUAUCAAAGUUCCGCCUUAAAAAACAUCAUGGCGGAGGUGGGUCGGCUGUAUGUCCUUGCUGCUCGUUCUGCUGACUCCUCUUCGAGGGCAGCUGUGUGGCAGUCUGCUCAGCAAAACCUUGGCUUGCUCCAAAACAUGGCCAAAGAAGCGUUGCUGAUCAACUCAGCUGACUCUGCCGUGGGGAGAACAGGUCCUUAUCUUGCAGCUACUGCAGCGUUUGAGCGGACCCAUUGGGAGUUGCUGCGUGGGACUUCGAGUUCAUACGCCGUUCCUGAGGCCCCGCUGAGCAGAACUACCGAUGCAUGCACGUUAACCACCAUGGCAACCAUGCUGGUCGACUACCAGGCUUUGAAGACGAUUCUGAUUCAGAUGUACGGCUCCAAGGAUUUCUUGACCAGCCACAAGGGCUUCAUCGCGGCAGAAGCUGCAAGUCCAGUGCUCGUUGAUGCCUUUGUGGCCUUCAAACGGGGCUGGGACGAGUUCAGGCCAACUGAUGAGCUCCGGCUGCAGGAUUUGCAAAUUGCUUAUAUCUACGCGAACCCCAAUGCUUUGGGAUCCAAGGACAAUUUGGACUUCGCACAAGGAGCAGAAUUCUAUCAUCAAGCUCAUAAGCAGUUUCACCCCACAUACCGUGCCAUUUUGUAUGAGCGCAACUACUAUGACAUUUUCAUUUUUGAUUUGCAAGGCAAUCUGAUCUAUUCGGUUUACAAGGAACUGGACUAUGCUACGAAUUUUUUGGCGAAUGGCCCUGGUCAGUGGAAGGACUCUGGCCUAGGUGAAGCUUUCCGUGCCGCAGUGGACAAUCCAGACAUCAUUAAUAUCAUUGAUUGGAAACCGUAUGGGCCAAGCUAUGGCGCCUUGGCAAGUUUCCUGUCGACUGGUAUCAAGAAGGAUGGCGAAUUGGUGGGAGUCUUUUGCACGCAGAUGCCUCCAGAAUCCAAACCGGUGGAAAUCAGUGAAAUGCAGCCCGUGCUAACGAAAGCUGAAGAAACUAUGACCACCGCCGUGGACUUCUACAUGAAAGGCUACGGGACCUGCACCACAGUGCUUGAUCAAACGUCGUGGGAGAUCAUGAUGGAAAACUACAACAGCGUGGACUACUUGCUUUACCAAGCCCAAAUGGAGUUCGCACUUCUAACGCAUGGAUACUCGCAGACUUGGCUGAACAAUUCAGCGAUGGGCUUGGAAGAGCACAAAGGAUUCCUGGUGAUUGAAGCAGGAAAACCGGCAUUGGCAGACGCAUUGUGGAGCUUCAAGCAAGCCUGGGAUGCUUACCGGGCGACAGACGCCGAGAGACUUCUCAGUCUGCAAAUUGCCUACAUCCUGCUGAAUCCCUUCCCUACAGGUGAAAAAGACAAACUUGACCGCGCAAGUGGUCCUGAGCAAUAUCAUCUUGUGCACAAGCAAUACCAUCCAACGUAUCGCGACAUUCUCUAUGCCCGUAACUACUAUGAUAUUUUCUUCUUUGACCUCGGCGGCAACCUCAUAUACUCUGUCUACAAGGAGUUGGACUAUGCCACAAACUUUCUGGCAGAUGGACCAGGAGAAUGGAAGGACAGUGGACUAGGCAAGGCAUUCCGCGCAGCUGUGGCAAACCCAGAUGGAAUUAAUAUCAUUGACUGGGAGCCUUAUGGACCCAGCUACGGAGCUCUGGCCUCAUUCUUGUCGACCGGCGUGCGACGGGCGGGUGAACUCAUUGGCGUGUUCUGCACCCAGCUGCCACCCGAAUUCACUCCGCGAAACUCCUCUGCUCGACUCGAAACCGGAACACAGGCGAUGAACAAGAUCUUCGAAGACUACAAAUUCGGAGGGUUGCCAGCGCAUCCACCACCGUCAGAACCGAUCUCCUGGAAACUCUUCAAUCUCAGUGACAUUUGGACCGGGCUGGGAGCUGAUUUUGCUGGACCCGCGACACUGGAUGUGCUGAACAGAGUGGUAGCCAAAUCUGCUGACUUUGCAUCUUAUGCGGAAGCGCUCUCAACUGCCACACAAGACAUGGCAUAUGCGCAAGUGCCAGCCUUGCCAGGAUACAAAAUGAGCAUGGCAGCAGCAAAUUUGGCUCUACUGCAGAAGAUCCAGCGCAAUCUUGUGCUCAUCUAUAGCGGAGGUUACGAUGGCUUCCGGAGUAGUUUACUCACUGACAUCACCUUCUUUGAGAAAAACCAGGCGCUGCUACGAGAUGGCAACAUGAAUCGAAGACUUGCUCAAAGUGACAUUGCAAGGACUGAAAGCUUUGAAGGUCUUACAAUGCUGGACGUGGCAGACUCUGCUUGGGCGGCAAUGAAGCCUAUCGUCGAAAACAUUGCCGUGGGUGCCACAGUAACAGAAACCUUGAAAUCCAUCGUUGAGCUCUCAGAUGAUGCCGUGGAAGCUAUGCAGAAAGUUCAGACGUUCUUUUCAUCCACCACCCGCACAACAACGAUGCUGGCAUUGGAGCUGUUGGCACCGAUGCCGAUGACCGGGAGCUGGGCUGCGGGGACGACCUUCCGGCUUGCAGCACGCCUGGCAGAGGGCAUCAUUAACCAGGACCAACUUCUCUUGCCUGGGUAUCGACUACAGCACGUGAUUUUUGAUGACAAGUGCGACGAAAGUGUGGGUUCUGACAUCGUUGUUUCAGCCAUGGCCGAAAAGGACACAUAUGUUGGUAUUGGUGGAAUGGGCUGUGAUCGAGUGUGUCGUCCCAUCUCGUCAUUGGCCACAUCCUUGCGCUUGCCCUUCUUGAGCUACGAGUGUCCAUCGCCUGACUUCUCCGAUACAUUGGGCUAUCCUGCUCUGGCACGAAUGGGCACGGUCACCAAGACACCGAUGUUGACGACAGUCGAAACCUUGAAGGGGCUGAAUGGCUGGACAAAGUUAUUCAUCGUGUCUGGCGACCCCGCCUUCUACCAGGUCCAAGUAGAGCAGUACACACAGGACUUUCAAGCCAUGGGCUUCGGUGUCGAAAGCCUGAGCGCAUAUGAAAGCCGUUGGAACGACAUCAAAGGAAUCAUGGCUUCCAUUAAAGGCAGAACAAAGGGCCUGGAACGAGUCUUGUUUGUGCUUGGCUCUGAAACUUUCUAUCGGAAGUUGGUUUGUGCCUCCAUCACAGAAGGUCUUCAAAAGGGCAUCGUUUGGAUUUCGGAAGGAACUUGGAGAAGUCAAUGGUGGAAGAAGACGGACUUGUUGACAUCAGCGCACAGGCAGUGGCUUCGAGAGGAUGUGGGAGGUCUGCAAUUGAAGCAAGCUUUUGCUGACUUCAAGGCUGCUUGGGACAGUUUCCGGCCGACUGUGGAGGCCACGCGGCAGGACCUGUUCGACCUCUAUGUCACAGAUCAGAAGGACGAGCUUGCAUAUGCGGAUGGUGAUGAGAGGUAUCAUGGAGUUCAUGCAAAAUAUCAUCCAAUCUACAGACAGAAGCUCUACGACCGGGCUUACUACGAUAUCUUCUUUUUUGACCUUGAGGGCGAUCUCAUCUACUCAGUCUUCAAGGAGACCGACUAUGCCACGAACUUCGCUGCCGGUGCAAGCGCCGGAGCGUGGAGCGAUUCCGGUUUGGGCGAGGCUUUCCGUGGAGCGCUGGCAAAUCCAGACAACCUAACAUACAUCGAUUGGUCGCCCUACGGACCCAGCGCCUACGCUGACGCGGCCUUCUUUUCAACUGGUCUCAGGGACGAGGAUGGGUUGCUCAUUGGCGUGUACGCCAUCCAACUCCCGCCGGAGUACGAACGCUCCAUCGAGGACACGGUGGAGGAGUGCUCCUUUGAAACCAUCACAGAAGCCUUCCAGGGCGCCAUCAAUGUGGCUGGCUUGGGACGGCCUGUGGAGGAAAAUAUGGAGAAGCCGCUGCCUUGCUUCAAGGGUUACAGUCCUCGCAGCUUGCUCUCGCUAUUGGACUUGCGCUUUGAAACGGGCUAUCCUGUCGGAGACCCCACCCUACGAGUUGAGGAUCCUUACUUCGAUGUGAAAGCAAAUGCCGUGGACGGAACUUGUGCUUUUGCGUUCGGGCUGCAAUAUUUGAUGCGGCAGGGUCACACAGUGCAGCAGAUCCAGCGUCGAGAUUCAGAUGUCUACCAGAAGUUCACAAAUUUCUUCCGAACAGACAUGAACUUCCAGGGCGCUUCUGGGCUGGUGAAGUUUGAAGGCAAUGACAAGAAGAAUCUCCUGAUGGUGCAGCAAAUCCAGAACGGCCAGAAUGUAGAGGUCGGUCUCAUUAGUGAGAAUGGCACCCUCGGAUGGAUCGGCAAUGGCACGGAUAAUACUGUUUGGCAGGUUCCGCAGGGCAGUCUUCCUGGGCGUCUCGAGACAAACAUAGACAAACCAAAUGAAGUGCAGAAGAGACAGAUACGUCCAGAAAUACCCAAAACAUCCCAAAGCAUCAUCCAACAGAAAAGAUUAUAUUCUGAUUAUAAAAGCAUCCAAAAAUCUCGGAAGAAGAUGGAAGAUGUUUUGAAUAUGAAAGCUUAG